GUCUCUCUCUGUGGUUCUCUCUCUCUGUGUGUCUCUCUCCAUGUCUGUUUGUCUCUCUCUAUAUGUCUCUCUCCAAGCUUGCAUUUACAUACAGUUCUCACCCGAUGACGGUUGCUUAUGUUGCAAUCGAAACGUCGUGUUAUAUUAUUUCUUUUAUUUUUCAUUUUAUUUCUACGUGGCUUUACUGAAAGAGAACCAAAGUAAUUCCUGCAGUCACUAAAUCUUGAAAUCAAAGAUUGUAUUCAUUCCUCUCUGUCUCGAUACUGACGUAGAUGGUAUGGAAUAUGUUUUUCUGUCUGCAGCUGACGCUUCCUCUGACACUUCCUCUGCAGAAUUGGUCUGAUGGAGCAAAGGCACUCAGCGCAGCUCGGUACAAAAAAUAAACAAUGCGACCAGUGUGCAUACAGCACGAAUCAUACUGGAAAUUUGAAACAGCACCAGAGAACACACACAGGAGAGAAACCCUUCAAGUGUAGUGUGUGUGGGAAGGAAUUUUCAAGUUCACCGAAUCUUAAAAAACACCAGAGAACACACACAGGAGAGAAACAUUUCAAGUGCACUCUAUGUGAGAAGGCAUUUGCACAGUCAUCAGGUCUUCAGAUUCACCAGAGAACACACACAGGAGAGAAACCCUUCAAGUGCAGUGUGUGUGAGACGGCAUUUGCAGAGUCAUCAGAUCUUAAGACACACCAGAGAACGCACACAGGAGAGAAACCCUUCAAGUGCACUGUCUGUGAGAAGGCAUUUUCAAGUUCACCUUAUUUAAAAAAACACCAGAGAACACACACGGGAGAAAAACUCUUCAGGUGUAGUGUGUGUGAGAAGGCAUUUUCAGAGUCAUCAGUUCUUAAGAUCCACCAGAGAACACACACAGGAGAGAAACCAAACAAGUGCAGUGUGUGUGGGAAGGCAUUUUCAAGUUCAUUUUCUUUUAAAAGACACCAGAGAAUACACACAGGAGAUAACCCUUUCAAAUGCACUGUCUGUGAGAAGGCAUUUGCAUGGGCAUCAGGUCUUCAGAUCCACCAGAGAACACACACAGGAGAGAAACCAAACAAGUGCAGUGUGUGUGGGAAGGCAUUUUCAAGCUCAUUUUCUUUUAAAAGACACCAGAGAACACACAGGCAUCAGGAGAUCCCCAAGGAGUGUAGUUUGAAAUCGACUUGUGAAAGUCAAAGUGCUAUAAUGAGCCCAUCUCUCCUGAAAAAAGAACCAGAAGUGAAUUCCAGCUUGGACACUAUGAAAUGUAUCAAGGUGAAAUUUGAAGAGGUGACAGUGAAGAGCGAAGAAGUGAAGGUGAAAUAUGAAGAUGAAUAUUCAACUCUAAAAUCGGACCUUCACAUCGAUGGAGGCAACGUGAAGCAGGAGGAGAAUUCUGACUGUGAGGCAGAGCGAGGCGACCAGUAUGGAAACAGCACGGAUCGUACUGGAAAUUUUACACGGCACCAGAGAACUCACACAGGAGAGAAACCCUUCAAGUGCACUGAGUGUGAUAAGGCAUUUGCAUGGUCAUCAGUUCUUCAGAGCCACCAGAGAACACACACGGGAGAGAAACCCUUCAAGUGCAGUGUGUGUGAGAAGGCAUUUGCAAAGUCAUCAGUUCUUCAGAGACACCAAAGAACACACACAGGAGAGAAACCCUUCAAGUGCACUAUGUGUGAGAAGGCAUUUACAGAGUCAUCAGAUCUUCAUAAACACCAAAGAACACACACAGGAGAGAAACCCUUCAAGUGCAGUGUGUGUAAGAGGGCAUUUGCACAGUCAUCAAAUCUUAAAAAACACCAGAGAACACACACAGGAGAAAAACCUUUCAAGUGCACUGUGUGUGAGAAGGCAUUUUCACAGUCAUCAGUUCUUCUUACCCACCAGAGAACACACACAGGAGAGAAACCCUUCAAGUGCAGUGUGUGUGGGAAGGCAUUUUCAGGUUCAUCUGCUUUUAAAUAUCACAAGAGAACACACACGGGAGCUAAACCCUUCAAGUGCACUCUGUGUGGGAAGGCGUUUGCACUGUCAUCACAUCUUCAAAGACACCAGAGAACACACAGGCAUCAGAAGAUCCCCAAGGAGCAGAGUCUGAAUUUGGCUUGUGAAAGUCAAAAUGCUGCAAUGAGCCCAUCCCUCCUGAAAAAAGAACUAGAAGUUAAUUCCAGCUUGGACGGUAUGAAAUGUAUCAAGGUGAAAUUUGAAGAGGCGAAGGUGAAUUGUGAAGAAGUGAUGGUGGAAAUCGAAGAAGUGAAGGUGAAAUGUGAAGGAGUGAUGGUGAAUAUCGAAGAAGUGACAAUAAAAUGUGAAGAUGAAGAUUCAACUCCAAAAUUGGACCUUCACAUCGAUGGAGGCAACGUGAAGCAGGAGGGGAAUUCUGACUGUGAGGCAGAGCGAGGAAACUCCCAGCAGUUUGUGGAAGUGGAGGUGUGGGUGGACUUCUUAGACAAUACAAAGUUAAAUGGAGAUCCGGUAGAUGUCUUAGCUUGAGACAAUGAAGCUCCAAUAGAAUCACCUUUGUCACAGGCCUUUAAUGAAAAUAAGGUGAAGUUGAACACUCAAUUCCUAGGUUCAAUCUGCAGAGUAAGAGUGGCCAGUAUUUCCGGACCAGGAGCCAGAGCCAAUAAGCUCCCAAGCAUUCACUAUGUUAUAAUAAUAUUAGCAUUUAUAUGGUGCUUGCUUCAUCGCCUCAGCAACCCGAAGUUUUGUAUCAUCUCACACAAACACUUGAACAGAAUGUUGCAUAUGUGCCUUUUCUAAACAAAAUGCAUGAAAAGUGAUUCUGCCUAUUUUCUGUAAUAAUUUUUAUCAUGUUGUAGCCCUGGGGCACGGAGGUGAUUCACCCCCCCCCCCGCCUCCUGCCUUGCCACACAAAAGAUAGCUGGAGGAUAAUUACUCACAAGCCUGCUUGGGAAGUCAUAAAAUGUAAUAUUAGAAAAACGGCAAACCCAAGGGGGGGCUAAUGAGAUUCUGCGUGAAAUCCCCAGUUGACUUCAAGAGAAGGCCGCCGUAAAGGAAACAACCCACAAUAAAAAAAAACAUAAGACGGAAACAGCAGGGUUCACGAACCUCCCCCGGACAUCGAAAUCCACCCAAGCGCAGUUCAUCAUUACGAGCUGACUGGGGUUUUUAAAUUACACCAGUAAAGUUCGAAGCUUAGCUAUAUCUUCAACCUCAGGAUAUCAAAAUAAGGAGCACGAAUCCCUGGCGAUACAGACAGGGAACAAAGUCCCGCCCACAGGACCGGAGGGCGUAACACCCUCGGCACCAUCGGCUGCUGCUUCCCCGGAUGCUCUGCUGGGUGCGGAGCGGCUGUUGACCAGCCGUUCUCCUCCGACGCCGUUAUCUCCUAUGGAGGGACCGUGCCAGUCGGCCAGUAUGACGCUCACACACCUUGCUGGUUGCCUACACCGUCGGUCACACAGUCACGCUCACAUGCCAUGGAGGUCAUUGGCUGAACCUGGCCUUUUUUAUUGUACUGUGUGCGCGCGAUUUGCAUGGGUGCACCGUGCUGUGAGGGGUAAGCGAGUUAACCGAUUCAUGUACAUUUGUUGUCGUUUAAUUCCCCUCCUUCCCUCCCUCGCGGUAUGUGUACAUAUGUUAUUCGCGGUAUUUAUUGUCGGUGGCUAGUUAUUUAUUGACAUUGCUUUUUGGGAGGAACACCUUUCCAUUUUUACAUAGUUGCGUUACAGCCGGGGGGGGGGGGGGGGGUGAUGUAGUGGCAUAUGACGUCACUACUAUGUCAGGACUGUACGAGCGUAGGGACAUAUGACGUCACUCCCACAUCGGCUCGGUAUGGGGGCUGUAGGCGGGUGUCACGGGGGUUGUGUCAGGCCGUGGUACUCCGCGUGAAUCCAACAGGACACGUGACUGGAUAAAGGGGAACCAGGGGCCCCAGGGGGAAGCUUGGGGGUCACGUGGUUAGGGGCCCAGACCUUCCCGAAGGAUCGAGAAGGGGGGCGUGGCCUGGGACGGAGCCGGCCACGCCGGAGCGGUUAUAAGCAGGGUGUGAACGGGCUGCUGGGCUUUCUACUCCGGGAUGAAGACGCCAUGAGAAGUCCUCAAGUCUCCGAUCGUCGUUCAUGACCAGGCAGCCGUCACCUGCCUUGGUCACGCUGUGUAGUGUUCCCCGAGUGUUCGUAAGAUUAGGAACGGUGGUCACCACUUUAUGUAUAGUGUUCACGUUGGUGUUAUGUGUUGAUAAAUAGUGUUGCCUCCAAGUUGAGUGUGCGUCUCAAUCGAACCCAUUACAUAUGGCUGGACUUCUUAGACAAUUCAAAGUCAAAUGGAGACCCGGUAGAUGUGUAAUCUUGAGACAAUGAAGCUCCAAUAGAUUCACCUUUGUCACAGGCCUUUAAUGAAAGUAAUGUGAAGUUGAACACUCAAUUCCUAGGUUCAACCUUCAGAGUAAGAGCAGCCAGUAUUUGUGGACCUGUAGGUUGGGUAGACCUUUAAUCAGGAGUGAGAGCCAAUAAGCUCCCAAGCAUUUACUAUGUUAUAAUAAUUGCAUUUGUGGUGCUUAAUUGCCCAUGAUAGAGGUUUUUUUGGGUUAUAUCGCGUUAAUUAAAAUGUUUGGUGAAACCCGCCACUUCGCGAUUUGUUCUCCAACAAACCGGUGUGCUAUACUAGUGUAGUGUAAUAACACUGACUGUUGUCCAGCAACAGGAACUGCGGUGGACAAAUAGUACACACGCCAGUAAGCAUAUACAUGGGUGUGUUGGCAGGGCAGAGGGACUGGGGCAAGGGUCACGGAAGACCCCAUCUGAAAUCCCCUGGAACCUGCUAGUGGGUUCGAGAAGGGUGGCGUGGCCAGGGCGGAGCCAGGCCGUGCUGGGUAGCAUAAAAGCAGCUGAGAGUGGGAGCUCAGGGCUGCCGGUUCUGGGAGUGGGCUUGUAUCGUCGUCGCUGUUAUCUUCGCCGCCUUUGUCGCUGCUGUCUUCACUAGAUAUUGCGUGGCCGGAUAGUUGUUGGCUUUCUCGGUCAGUGCCUUCGGUGUUACACGGUCAGGGUUGUGUUUCGGCUAGGCUAGACGACUAGAGAGAACGCAUUUAUAUUUAUGGUCGCGAAAGCCUAAGUGUUAAACUUGCUUAAUUGCCUCAGCAAUUCGGAGUUUUGGAUCAUAUCUCAUCACAAACACUCGAAGAGCACCCCCCAAGUGGCAGCUGCAUCUGUGUGGCAUGAGGUGGCCGAGUACCAGCCUGCAUGUGGGCAUGAAUCUGUCAGUAGGGGGCGAUAAUUGAUGUCUAAUCUCAGUUGUGUAAUUUUUUGAUAUUUGGAAUUGCCCAAAUUUUGACAAUGACACCCACAUGCAAUGACCUAUGUGUUUUGAAUGACACAAUAGUAUGUUUUACAUCCACUGUUAAGCAGACGGUGCAUAUUUUGGUUAAUGUUACUGGAGUAGACAGGGGUGCCUGUUGGAUUUGUACCUUGAACCUCUGCAAUAAAUAGAGAAUGUGCUACCA